AUGUUCUUCGACGACAACGGCGACCUGGUCGUUGAUCAGUCAGAUCAUGCUCCUUGGCAUUUCGACGUUGAACAUGACUCGAUCCAGGACGAUACCUUGUCAGAUUCACCAACGAAUUCUGUUCAGUGGCGUUGCUUGGUUUGUGAUUCAGCGGCUUAUGCUUGGUUGAGCAACAGUUGGGUUUGCAAUCAAUGUGGGUCAAACAAGUUUUAUCAGACGAAUAAUCCUGCAACACGUGAAACAGCUGAUGGUGUUUGGACAUACAUGCCAUAUGGUUCCCAUGUUCCUCCUCCACCUGACGGUCAUCAAGCGUCCACCUCUGCCAACCGUCGACGACGACGACGAAAGCAUGGAGACUCUGGACCUGGACCGGGCGGUGAUGCUUGGAGUGAGCGCGGCGAGGAAGAGACUCCAACGGAAGAUCCGUCUGUGAUCCCAUCAUGGCAUUCUGACCACCAUGGAUCAGUUGACCGAGUUGCAAGGACAUCACCAACGACUGUGACCAAUCAACGGCAUGCCCGCAAGAUCUCAUCAUCUGCUGAUGACGACUCCACCAUCAAGAAGUUGAAGGAAGUCUUGAACAAGGAUGACAAUGAUGAGCCUUGGGAUGACAGAAAAGGUCCCUCUAAGGGCAUCCGUUGGCGCGGCGGCACUGCACCGUCCCCGCCUCAGUGGAAAUAUGAUGCUACAGACUUGCGUGCAUACAAUAAGUUCUGCAAGAAGGUUGAAAUCUGGAUGCUACAGGUUGCACCUUACCUGAGCAAGCGUGAAGCAGCACUCAGCUUGUACAAUGCGUUGCAGGGCGAGGCUGAGCAAGAGCUUGAGCACACCCCUGUCAGUGAGAUUUACACUGACGAUGGUGUUCAGGUGAUUCUGCAAGCCUUGAAGGCACCAAUGGAGCAGAAGGCCAUCUAUCAGAAACGUCGCUACCUCAAUGACUUUGAGCACAUCCGACGAUACCAAGGAGAGACUAUGCGCUCCUUUGUGAAUCGGUUUCGCCGAGUGCAGCGCAGUUUGCGUUCAGUCGGCAUCAACAUUGAGGCAGCCUAUGACAAUGAGAGCAUGGGUUCACGACUCUUGGAUCGCAGUGGCUUGACACAUGAGCAGCAGCGUAUGAUUUUGGUUGCAACAUCACAGUCUUUGCUGUUUGAAUCUGUGGCUGAAGCACUGACAUUGCAGUUUCCAGAGUUUCGUGGCGCUCCUCCAAUUUCUGGUGGAAAAGAUGGUCAGGGAAAAGGCAAGAACAAGUCUAUGGGUAGCACUUCAUCAUCCAGUAUGCCAUCCUCAUCGACCUCCUCUACUGCCUCCUCUCGGCAGAGCUCUGUUUCGAGCGUGCGUGGAGCUCCAACACGUAGAGCCUUCGUUGCAGCUCACGAUGCUGGAGAUGAUCAACAAGAAGAUGAUGAGUUCCUCGACACCAUUGAGGAAGAAUUCGAAGAUGAUCAGAAUGAGCCCGAUGACGAUCAAGAUGAUUGUGAAGAAGAUGAUGGAUUUGAAGAUGACGGUGAAGGCGCGAAUGACCUUCAAGAGCUGGCAUCCGUCUUGACUGUGACGGCAAAGAAGUUGAACAACUUGACCCUUGGUCGAAAGUUCUUUACUGCAAAGCAGAAGGGCAACUCCAAGGGCAAAGGUGGCUCGACCAGACUGACUCCUGAGGAGUCCAAGAAGGCCACCGCCAGAUUCACAGCGGCCGAGCGCGCCCAAAAAAUUCGGGUCCUUCCUUUGAUGGGCAGCGAUUGGCAGGUUUUCGGUUCAAAUCGUGUUGCGUCUUUUCUGCACGCAGCUCAUGGCGAUGACCCGACUUCAAAUGCAGCGUUGCUUGCCUUGUGCUGGGUGACCGCCCAAAUCCUCGAAAGUUCGUUGUCUCUAGCGGCUUAUUCUUGCAGCAUGCUGGGAGAGGAAAUCGCUGGCAUGCUCAGUCCUCGUGGAAAUGAGGCGGGUCAGACCGAAGCCCUUGAAAGGCACAACCAUGGACCAUUGCAACUGCUUGGUGAGGCUGGGUCUGGGCAUUCAAUCGGCCACCUGCAUUUGUCGCGGCACCUGUUUAUAAAGUCUUGA